AUGAAAGAAGAUUACGAGGUUGAUGAGAAGAAGCAAGCUGCUGCUGAUGUAUUGUUUAGUUAUUCCAAGUUUGCUAUGGCUUGCAUCGGAAACCAGACUCGUCCUACUGACAUGAGGUUGCAUUUGAUGAAGGAGAUCUCGGGAUUGCCAACUUCGCUGAAAAGAAGAGACUCUUCUAGAGCGGCAACUUCUCCUGAUCCAGUCGGUGAAUCAUCAAGCUCUGGUACUGCCAGGCUAGAUAAAACGGAUAGUUUCAGGGCGCUUUAA